AUGACGAAGGAGGACCGCCGGCUGUUUAUGCGCAAGUACAACGACUACCUGGAGCAAGUGAACGCCCUGCGGACGAACCGCACCAAGCCGUUUGUGAUGCCGGUGUCGGCGUGCAUCGAGCACGCCACGAAGUCGCGCGUGGCCGACUGGGAGCUUCGGAAGCCGGUCAGCCUCGUGACGGAGGCCGAGUGGAUCGCCUGGAUCCGCCUCGGGUAUGAUGUACAAUCCUUCGUCACCCAGAAACUCAAGGAUCGCAUCCGCGCCGCGAUCGUGUUUGACCUCACGAUCGCGGACGUGGAUUCGCGGAUCAGCAAGAUGAUUGAAGACAUGAUGAAAGUCAUCGAGAAGAACAACGAGGAAUGGGUCCUCAAGGCCGAGGCCAAGAUGAUGGUUGGCCUAAUCACCGAUGCCAUCAGGCCGGCGGGCCUGAAGGAAAAGGUCAAGGAAGUCCUCGGCGAGACGCACAACAAGGACUUGAAAAUGAAUGUGUACGACUUCGUGCAAUGGCUGCGGGAGUACGCAACUUCGUACCAGAGCGCGCACCGGCGGCGGCGGCAUAUACACGGCAUAUACAAGGACCACCCGGUGCGGGUGCGCGAUGCGCCGGCAGCGGCCGGUGAGCCCCGGGGUGGAUGUCUCAAGUGCGGGGAACUCGACCAUCUGGUCGGAAGUUGCCCCAAAGCCACUCCGGAGGAAGCCUCGGAUCUGUUGAAGAAAGCAUAUGGCGGACGUGGGCGAGGAGCCGGGCGCGGUAACUCUGCCGGGGGCAAGACACCUGGCGAUGCCGCGUGCCGAGGUGCCGGCGCCAACCCCGACCGCAACCUAGGUGGCGCGAAGAAAGUCAACGCCCUCGAAGUCAAGGCCGAGGUGGCCCCAAGCCCGAAGCUCGCGUGCGUCGUCGAGGGUGUCCUGCCCUUGGAGGCCACCCUGUUCGACUGGGGGUCCGACACGUCUGUUGGAUCGUUGGGGUUGGUGACCGCGCUGUUGGCGGCGGAACGAGUGUGA